AUCAGGCAAUACAUUUUAAAAUGUCGGCGUGAUAAUUCAAGGAAAUCUGUCUGCUAGCAUUUAGAUACUGCAUAUUAAAACGCUGAAGUUUUGGUAUAGUUUUCUUAGGCAAAUUAAAAUUGGGGCAUGGCAGCGACAAUAAGAUUGGUUGAUAGCUUAGUCCUUUUUUUGGUCAUUUUGAUAGUGAAAAGCGGUGCUCAAGAAAUACUAAAGCUUCAAAAACCAGGAUUGAUGAAAUGCAGAUUUGAUAGAAUAUAUCAGUUUGGUGACUCACUUUCUGAUACAGGCAAUUGCAUCAGAGAGAGCCUUUGUGGAACUCAUUUCUUCUGUGCAAGACCUCCUUAUGGAAUGAACUUUUUCCAUAAAGCAACUGGACGUUGUUCUAAUGGCAUGCUCAUCAUUGAUUUCAUAGCACUGGAAUCUGGUCUUCCUCUUCUAAAUCCUUACAAGCUUCAAAGUGCAAAUUUUAGGCAUGGUGUGAAUUUUGCAGUAGCAGGAGCUACUGCUUUACCAAAUGAAGUUCUGGCAAAUAAGAAGAUUGUUAAUUCAGCAUUAACCAAUAGUUCAUUAAGUGUGCAACUUGAUUGGAUGUCUUCCCAUUUCCACAUCACCUGCUCCCCUGAAAAAUUGAACAAGUCACUUUUCCUAGUUGGAGAAAUUGGAGGAAAUGAAUUCAUUUAUGGCUUAUCCCAAGGUAAAACCAUGGACGAAUCGCGAAGAAUGGUACCAGAAGUUGUACAGACCAUCAUUCAUGGUGUUAAAAGAGUCAUUGGUUUUGGAGCUACUCGAAUUAUAGUUCCAGGCAAUUUCCCAAUUGGUUGUCACCCAAUUUUCCUAACAGAAUUCAUGACCGACAACUCAACUGCUUACGAUGAGUACCACUGCUUGAAAAACUUAAAUAAUUUUGCAAUAUUCUACAAUCAUCAUUUGCAGCAAGCCAUUGAUGAGCUGAAGAAAGAGUACACAAACAUUACAUUGAUUUAUGGUGACUACUACAACGCCUUUCUGUGGCUUCUACAAAACGCUGUCAGUCUUGGAUUGGACAAAGACUCUCUACAAAAAGCAUGUUGUGGAAUAGGAGGAGACUAUAAUUUUGAUAUGAGUAAAAGAUGUGGUGAUCAAGGAGUCCCAGUGUGUGUUGACCCUAGUACUUACAUCAGUUGGGAUGGAGUUCAUUUGACACAAGCAGCAUACAGUUGGUUAGCAAGAUGGCUAAUUGAUGACAUGUUACCCAAAUUGAACUGCCAUGUUUAAGUUCUUGGCAAAGUGCAUGAAUCAGAACGCACAUUCAAAAUGAGUGUUCCUUCUUUCCCAACAGAGCAGUGUGUGUUUAAGGUAAGCCAUUGUCUGAUUGAUGUCAUUGAAGAUAAACUAAAAUAGCAAGUCUUUAUUGGGAAAGUGCAUCAGUGUUACCCUCUUGAAUGCUAUUCCCUCAAUUUGAGCAAUUCAAAUAAUGCCUUCAAUUGAGAUAGGCCAACAAAUCUUUCUUUA